AUGAGCAAUAGUUUUCUAACUUCACGCUUGAGAUCUGGGCUCAGACUUCACAGCCAAGCCCUGAUUGCCACUGCAAGAAUCGGAGUCAGAAAUAGAUAUUAGUGGGAUUAUGCCUGUGAGGAUGACUACUAUGAAAGGGAGAUGACAAUGCUCGAAGCAAGACACUUGCCACUUCCCUUGCCUGAAGAUUUCAGACACAAAUCUCCCCCUAAUCAUGAAAUUUGGCCAGCUCACUGGAACGAUGUCAGAUUCAACUUCAAGCCCUAGAACAUGGACAGAAGAAUGUUCUUACAUGAUAACUAUAUGAAUGCCUACGACUUCCCUCACGAUAUUGCUCACACUCUUGGGUACGUUGAUGAAGAUCUUGAUUAUGAAAUGCCAGAUCCAAUGACUGCUAUGCAUUUUAAAAAGAAGAGAUCUGGAGUUGUCUCUUCUCUAGGUGCAAUCAUAUCUCUUGCUGUACUUAUCGGCUAUCCAAUCUUUGGUCUUAAAAUGCCAUAAAAGGAUAAUCCAUUCUAUUACAGAAAGAAAUAUGCUACUCCAUCUACAUUAGAAUAAUUCUAAGGUCUUGCUAUGAUAGAAUACGGUGCUGGAGUAGAAAAGGGUCUCGACUCAAAUAUUGUCUUGGGCAGAGGUGGUUUCGAUCACACAGACCUCGGUAUCAGAUUCGAUUUGGACAACUACAACGAUCUCAUUUGCUGA